UCCUCAAGUCGCAGCUGAUCACGAGCGUCCAGCGCUAUUUCCUCGAGUUCCUGGAGCACUUCGAGCUGAGCGCCGACGACCGUGGCCUCCGGAAGGGCGAGAAGUAUUAUGUGGAGCAGGCAAAGCUGAUGGUCCGCGAGAAGAAGAACACCCUGUACGUCAACGUCUCCCACCUGGCGGAGGUCCGCCCUGAGCUGGUGACCUUCGACCCGACGGACCUCCAGCACGUGAUCGAGUCGAAGUACAUGAUGGCGCGCGACGCCCUCAACGCCGCCGUGCCCGAGCUGCUGGGGAAGCUGGAGGACCCGGAGCUCCAGAGGCUGGUGAAGCAGGCGCGCGAGAAGGACGAGACCAAGUUCGUGGCCGCCUUCUGGAACAUGGGCACCCACAGCGGCAUCCGGGACCUGCGCACCGACCAGCUGGGCAAGCUCGUGACGGUGUGCGGCACGCAGUUCAAGUGCACCAUGCCGGUGGCUUGCCCCGGGCGCAAUUGCGGCAACCGGACCAGCUGGACGUUGCUGGCCGAGAGCCGCACCACGCGGUGGGGCGACUGGCAGCGCAUCCGCCUGCAAGAGCCGAAGAAGAAACGAAGUGCGUAA